AUGACAUCAAUUGAAAUAGAAGCUUCAGAUGUUGUGCGUCUUGUGGAACAAUAUUUAAAGGAAAAUAACUUAAUGCGUACAUUAGCAGUUCUACAGGAGGAAACAAACAUUACAUUAAAUACGGUAGAUAGUAUUGAUUCGUUUGUGCAUGAUAUACAAAAUGGGCAUUGGGAUACGGUGCUCAAAGUAAUUCAGCCAUUAAAACUACCGGCCAAGAAAUUAAUCGAUUUAUACGAGCAGAUUGUAAUUGAAUUAACGGAAUUGCGUGAAUUGGGCUCAGCUCGACUUCUUCUGCGACAAACCGAUCCAAUGCAACUACUCAAAACAACAGAGCCAGAGAGAUAUGCUCGACUAGACAAUCUUCUGGCUCGUUCUUACUUUGAUCCACGUGAAGUAUAUCCUGAUGGUAGCUCAAAAGAGAAGCGAAGAGCUGCUAUUGCACAGUCUUUAUCUGCCGAAGUGAACGUUGUACCACCGUCCAGGUUACUGGCACUUUUGGCACAAGCGUUGAAAUGGCAACAGCAUCAAGGACUUCUUCCACCCGGAACACAGAUCGACUUAUUUCGUGGUAAAGCCGCAAUUCGUGAACAGGAGGAGGAACGCUAUCCAACACAAAUGGCGCGUCAAAUUAAAUUUGGUAAAACAAGUUUCCCGCAUUGCUCGCAGUUUUCACCGGAUGGACAGUACUUGGUUACCGGUUCAGUGGAUGGUUUUAUUGAAGUUUGGAAUUAUAUGAAUGGAAAGCUACGGAAGGAUUUGAAGUAUCAAGCGCAAGAUAAUUUUAUGAUGAUGGAUGGUCUAGUUUUAAGUUUAUGUUUCAGUCGUGAUUCGGAAAUGUUAGUCACAGCUAGCAUGGAAGGCAAAAUAAAGGUAUGGAAAAUACAAACGGGGCAAUGUUUAAGACGUAUCGAGAAAGCACAUAACAUGGGCAUUACUAGUGUACAUUUUUCGAAAGACAGUGCACAUGUCCUUUCAGCAUCGUUUGAUACUCUUGUGAAAGUUCAUGGAUUAAAGAGUGGCAAAUGUCUGAAGGAACUUCGAGGACAUACAAAUUAUAUUUAUGUCUUUCAGGAUGGCCAUAUGUGUGUUUCUGCUUCAAGUGAUGGAACAGUUCGAGUUUGGAAUUUGAAAACUUGUGAGUGCGUGAAUACGGUUCGAGUAGCAGGUGAUAUAGUCAUGAAUAGCGUAAAUCCAAUUCCCAAAUCUGAUAAUCAAUUCAUCAUUUGCAAUCGGUCAAAUACGAUUGUUAUUGUGAAUAUUCGAGGACAGAUCGUGAAAUCAAUGACUUCAGGUAAAACUGAAAAUGGCAAUUUUGUUGCAUGUACAUUAUCUCCUCGUGGCGAUUGGGUUUAUUGUGUUGGAGAAGAUCAUGUACUUUAUUGUUUUUCACUAAUUACUGGCAAUUUGGAAAGUACAUUACCGGUAUUGAAUGGUUUGUGCCAUCAUCCCCAUCAGAAUCUGAUAGCUUCGUAUGCGGAAGACGGAUUAUUGAAAUUAUGGAAGCCAUAA